AUGGUGUUUCCUCAAGUCACUGCAGUGUUUCAUGCACUUUUCGACGCCAUUGGUCUUUCGGGUAAUUUGCUGGUGAUUUUGACAAUAUUCCUGGAAAGACGAUUGCAUAAGAUGCGAUAUUUCCUUCUUUCCAGUCUUGCUGUGUCAGACUUUCUCUGUUUAAUCCUGGUUAACUCGUUUCGUAUUGGAAGCAUAGCGGAAGAAACAUGGCUAUACGGCCAAACGAUGUGUCAUCUAAAUUCGUGCUUUCACCGAUACUUUUACGUUAACACGACUCUUCAUUUGCUAGCGGUGUCUUAUGAUCGAUACAAGGCGAUCGUUAAAUCCCCGUUAACGUACGAUGGCACUGUGACUUCUCUCAAGAUGUUGUUAGUACUCCUCAUAUGGCUUAUCCCAAUUCCACUGUCCAUAGGACCAUUCCUUGGGUAUGGCAUGUUCGUAUACAACCCAGAGGUGUAUUUCUGUGAAAAUGAAUGGCUUCUAAGGAGCGACGUCCCAGAAACCAGAAAAGUGUUUUUUACCGUCGUCACCCUCCUUGGGCCAUUUGUGAUAAUCCUGUUCCUCAACUGGUCGGUUUACAAAACAGCGAAAAGGCAGAUAAACGCCCUGGCGCACGAAGCCCAACUGGGAAGUCUCGAUAAUUCUGCCCAAAACAUUCAACAAGAGCUUACAAGGAGAAAGAAAGAACGGAAGGCAUCCUUUGAUGUUUUCAUUAUUAUCGUUGCGUUUUUAAUCUGUUUUCUUCCCCUGUGGGUUGUAAGUUUUUGUCGCCAAUAUGCGACACGUAUCAAAGUUUCAUCUCAGGUGGUGCUGCUAUCAAACGCCCUUUUCUUUGUCAGCUCACUUUGUAACCCUAUCAUCUAUUCCAUUCGAAAAAAAGAAUUUCGAGACGCGGUGAAGAAAAUGUUUAGUAGAAUGGGGCUUUUUGUGAGACCUAACGAAAACGAUGUCUUUGCGAUUGGCAUGAACAAUUUGAUGAUCGGCGCCAGAACCGACGGUUGGUCAACAUGCCGCACUUCGAUGUCAACCUCACCAGAACUCGUCCUUCAUGAAAACACUGGCUCAACAACAGCAAACUUUCAACCAAGUCUCUAUUCAAUCCAGGAGAUUGAUGGAUGUUAA